CUGUAGAUUUUCCAGUAAGGACCCGCAGACGCCGCUGGAUUGGGCCGAGCUUCUUAUCUCAAAAGACACUGACGACAUUUUAACAUAAUUUAUCAUUUUUAUAAGCCUACCGCUGCCUCCAGUCGGACCCUUUCAUUUUUACGUUUUAAAGAUUUCCACGGUAUUUUUGUCCACUUUUUUCUCUCUCUUGUAUUCCGCUUGGAUUUACAAAGGGCGUGUUUGGGGGGUGAUCUGUACCGGGAGUUUCAUCUCCUGUACUUGGGCGCCUCUGAGGAAUGACAGCGACUGGAAAGGGACUGAAUGGAAACAAUGGAUUAUAAAGACCUUGGACAUAAUUUCGAGGAGAAGCUGACACUAACAGACAAGACUCUGCCCCUGCAGCCAGACUCUCAGUCCAUCCAGAAUGGGGACAAAUGUUUGGGGAAAGACCUCCUGACUCCGGACGACUCGGCCGUCUCAGAUCUGUCUCCCAAAACAGACUCCAAAACAGAGACUCCCACCAAGACAGAUGCCUCCUCCAAGACGGACGUCAGGCCAUCGACGCCCGGCUCCAGCAGCAGCCCUCAGCCCAAGAAAGAUUCAAUGAACUCGGAGCAACGGCAGAAACUUGCCAAGGAGCGGAGGGAGGAGAGAGCCAGAUACAUCGAACAGCAAACUCAGCUGCAAGCGGCGAAGAAGGCCCAGUGGCUGGAGAAGGAGGAGAAGGCCCGGCGUCUGAGGGAGAGCCAGCUGGAGGAGCGCAGGAGGAAGCUGGAGGAGCAGAGGCUGAAGGCCGAGAAACGCCGAGUGCUGCUGGAGGAGAAACAGAGACAGAAGCUCGAAAAGAACAAGGAGAGAUACGAGGCAGCUAUCAAGAGGUCGACCAAGAAGACGUGGGCGGAGAUCCGCCAGCAGAGGUGGUCCUGGGCGGGCGGACUCAACCAGACGUCCCGCAGAGAAAGCAGAUGCUCGGCCUCCACGGUCAACUUGCCGAGACAGGUGGACCCUGUCAUUAACAACAGGCUGUCCAAGUCCUCUGCCACGCUCUGGAACUCCCCCAACAGAACCCGCAGCCUGCGCCUCAGCCCGUGGGAGAGCCGCAUCGUGGAGCGGCUCAUGACGCCGACGCUGUCCUUCCUGGCUCGCAGCCGCAGCGCCGCCACUCUCCUCAACAACAGCGACUCUCACUCUCACCACUGCUCCCGUUCAGCCUCUGCCAGCCCGCUGACCGCCUGCUCCCAUCACCACCCGCACCAGAACGCCGCCGAGCGCUGGAGGGUCUCCUCCGCCAGCACGCCGGACAUCACCCUGCGGCAGCGCAGACGGAACUCCACACCGGUGGAUAAAAAGAAGAAAGAGAAGAAAGACAAAGAGAGGGAGAACGAAAAGGAGAAGAUCGCUCUCACGAAAGAGAAGGUGCAGAAGAAAAGACAGACGGCGUCACCGACGACCACGACCCAGAGAUCCAGGGCGGAGACCAGCACCCCCAAGUACAAAAACAGGCCGCCGUCGCCCGCCGCCCCCAAGAGCCGGCCCCUGUCCCCGCUGGUGCCUGCAGCGGCGGCGGCCUCCAAGACCCCGGCGGGCAAGAAGACGCCUCCUCCUCCUGGCCCCUCUCAGCCCUCUUCGUCUUCUGGCACCAAGACUCGGCCCAAACGGGCCCAGACGCCCGCCAGAGUGCAGCCCCAGACGGUCACUGCGGUCGCCGUGGAAACCAGCCCAGUACCACCCCAUCAGCCCGACGCUCCGGAGGAGAAAAAGACCUCCACUAAUGUCCCUGCCAUCGUGGUGUCCUCUGCACCAGUUACGCCUCCUUCCCUCAGCCCGCCGGUCGUGACAGCCGCCUCCUCAGUUGCUCCAGCGAACGUGGAGCCGACGGCUGCUGCUGCUGCUCCUCCUCCUUCCGUUACAACCACUGCCUCCACCCCGACUGCACCGGCCAACAAGCCGUCAGCGGGCACCAACGACCCGGAGGAGGCGGCUCGCGUCCUGGCCGAGAAACGCAGACAAGCCAGAGAGCAGCGGGAGCGAGAGGAGCAGGAGCGUCUGGAGCAGGAGCACAGGAACAGGAUCCUGCGGGAGGAGGCGAUGGCCCGGGAGGCCGAGGAGAGGAAGCGCAGGGAGGAGGAGGCUCGGUUCAUGGCCGAGCAGCAGCGCCUGAGAGACGAGGCCCAGCGAGCUGAGGAGGAGAAGGAGGCGCAGGAGAGGGCGAAAGCCGAGCAGGAGGAGAACGAGAAGCAGCAGAGGCAGAGAGAGGAGGCUGAAGCCAAAGCCCGUGAGGAGGCCGAGCGUCAGCGCGUCGAGAGGGAGAAACACUUCCAGAAAGAAGAGCAGGAGCGACUGGAGAGGAAGAAGCGCCUUGAGGAGAUCAUGAAGAGGACUCGGAAGAGCGAUGCAGGAGAUAAGAAAGAAGUGAAAGCUUCUCCGCAGGUCAACGGCAAGGACUCGGAGCUCGCUCCUGGGAACCUCCAGGGGGCGUCGGUCCUCAGCCCGUCCCAGAACGCCACCGGCUCCGUGGUGGUGAACGGCGUCCAGCCCUCCGCCCACCAGAACGGCGUCUCGGCCCCGAACGGAGAGGCCGCAGACUUCGAGCAGAUCAUCCAGCUGAAGAGCGGCGGUGGCGGCGGUGGCGGCGGCGGUAACCCCGGCAACCAGCAACAGAGCGGGAUGGUCGGCGAGCCGAUCCUGGCCUUCGAGGGAGGAGAGCCCUUCUUGAUGAAAACAGGCCCUAUGAAGCCUCAGCAUGUCGCAGAGGUCCUGUGAGUCGCCACCCAUCCACGGAGACGCGCCUUAUGUCUCUGCUUGAGCUAUGAGAUUCAUGCCACACCACAGCGGCUUAUAAAACAGUGUGCCAAACAACCAGUGUUCGACUGACUUCACACCUACAGUAUAUCUGCCACCGAGGAAGAGGAGGAGAACGAGGAGGAGGAACGAGGAGGAGGAGGAGAACGAGGAAGAGGAGGAGGAACAAGGAGGAGGAACGAGGAGGAGCUGAACUCUGCCUGGAAACCCAUCUGAAACAUUAAAAAAAAAAAAAAAAAAAACAAAGUAAUAAACAAAAAAUGCAAGUAUUCUCUGUCUUCACCGCGUGUUCUGGUGCAGCAUCUGUCGAGUUUUAUUGAAAUGUCACAUGCAGAUUUUAUGGUGCACCUUAAAGAUGACUGACUGUGUAACAAAUUUUAGAAAAUACAGUAUAAGAACCUGGAAAUACAUACUAUUUGACAAUGGUUGUUAUUAUUACCGUUGCUACGAUAUUGUUAUUGUUAUCUUAAGUUGAACAAUGUGCGUGUGUGCGUGUGUGUGUUUGCUGUUUUUUCUGUCUUGAAUUGUUGAGUUAUUUAACAUGGGGAGCAUCGUUAAGGACCGGCCACAGACAGUGUAUGUAAAUGUAUAAUGAGCCUGGCUGCCUCGGCCUCCUGUUACAGGGGAUCUGUGAAAUAAAGCUUUAUGAAAGGGA